UCCCCGUUAAAUUCAUCCACCAAAACAAGUGCACACCAACUGUUCGAUAAAAUUCCUAGCUGAAAGUUAAAAAAAAAAAAAAAAAAGAUGGUGUUUUUCAAAGGGAAAAUCUGUUUAGUUUUACUUCUGUUUUCUUUACUGGUGCUUUGUGCAAGUUUCUCUGUAGCAAAGGAAGAUCCAGAGCUGAGACAAUGCAAGCACCAGUGCAGGCAUCAAAGGCAGUUUGACAGCAAGCAGAAGCUUGGGUGUGAGCGUUCUUGUGAGGAGUACAUAGAAGAGAAAGAGAGGAGAGAGAUGGAGGAAAUGAGGACCGCGCCGCGGCGCGAUCCAGAAAAGGCCUACAGGGAGUGUAGGGAGAGGUGCCAGGAAGUGGAGGAAGGGAGGAGAGAGCAGCAGGUGUGUGAGAGUGAGUGUGAGCAGAGGAGAGAGAGAAUUAGAAGAGAUGAUGAGAUUGUUGGGAGGAGAUCAGAGGAGGAAGAAGAAGAAGAAGAGGAAGAAGUGGGAGGAAAGGGUGGGAAACCUUAUGUGUUUGAAGAUCAUCAUUUUAAUACAAAGUUUAAGUCAAAAGAAGGGAGGGUGAGAGUUCUUAAGAAGUUUAAUAAAAGGUCUAAGCUUUUUAAGGGGAUUCAGAAUUAUAGGGUGAUCAUCUUUGAGGCUAAUCCACAGACUUUUGUUGUCCCUAAUCAUUGGGAUGCUGAUUCUGUCUUCUUUGUUGCCCAGGGAGAAGGAACAGUGAGUCUUGUUUACACAGAUAGGAGAGACAGUUUCAAUAUUAAACGUGGACAUGUAAUGGUUAUACCUGCUGGGGUGACUGCUUACUUGAUUAACAGAGGCAAUAAUGAUAAACUGGUCCUUGUUAAGCUUAUUAAUCCUGUUUCUAAUCCUGGCAAAUUUGAGUCAUUCUUUGGGCCAGGAGGUGAAAACCCAGAAUCAUUUUUCAAUGCCUUCAGCACUGACAUACUUGGAGCUGCCUUUAAGACAUCUGGAGAUAAGGUGAAGAGGAUAUUCUCACAGCAGCAUGAAGGAGCCAUAAUAAGGGCAUCUGAAGAGCAAAUCAGGGCUUUGACCCAUGAAAAAAGCGGUCACUGGCCAUUUGGAGGAAAGGGUUCAAAAGAAUCAGGCCCAUUCAAUCUCUUAAAGCAGAGUCCUAGAGAAUCUAAUGAGUUUGGGACACUCUUUGAGGUGGACUCUAAUGACUACAGACAACUCAGGGAUCUUAAUAUUGCUCUCUCUUUUGCUAACAUCACGCAGGGAUCCAUGCACACUCCAUUAUAUAACUCAAGGGCUACAAAAAUAGCAGUGGUGUUAAACGGAAGAGGCUAUUUUGAGAUGGCAUGUCCCCAUGUGUCAAAAUCCGGCCACCAGCAACAUCGACACCGCCAACACGGUGGGAAAAGCAGCCGAGGCGAAGAGGAAACAACCCCAAUCCACUAUGAGAAGAUCUUCUCAGAGUUGAGACAGGGAAUGGUGUUUGUAGUCCCUCCUGGUCAUCCCUUUGCCACCCUAGCUUCUGAGGAUGAGAACUUGGAGCUUAUCUGCUUUGAGAUCAAUGCUGAGAACAACCACAAAUUCCCACUUGCAGGGCAAAGGAACAUAAUGAAGAACUUUGAGAGGGAAGCAAAAGAGUUGGCAUUUGCCUCCUCAGCAGAGGUGGUUGAUCAGGUGUUUGAGAACCAAGAGGAGGACUUCUUCUUCAAAGGGCCGAGACAGCAGGAGCGCCACCGCGGUUAUUCAAUCAUCUGAGGGGCUGUAGCUAAGGGCCGGUUCCGAGUCUGAAGCUGAAGCUGAGACGACUACUGAUGCGGCUAACCUUUCCUGAGUUUUGGGAGCUGUUUGGUUUUGUAGAGACUAGAAGCAUACUUCCUUUUCUGUGUUCAAGCUGUGUAGUUUUUGUUGUAGAUAUCCUCCUAAGUGUAACAAGCUAAAGCUAAACAACUCAAUGUGCUACAUAAAUAAUACUUUUACGAGGAGCUGAGCUCAGCUGGUAAUAAAAAAGUACUGCCAGUUUUUGUUGUGAAA